CGACGUAAACAAUAAAAGCAUUCCACUGAUACCGGUUCUUCGACAAAUUGCAUGUCUUCUACUCUCUCUUGACAUCACUUAUCAUCAUUCCAGCCAAUCCAUAUGGACUUCACGUUACAGGGAUCACCCACCCCCAGAACGAGUCAGCGGCACCUAGCUGGCAAUGGUCCCGCAAGUCGACCGUCAAGUGGCAAACCUCAACUCAGACGCAAUCCCAUAACAGGAGAAGAGAUUGAGUAUGACCCCCCUGUGUCAGUGCGUCUCACCAACUCACCCAGACCAAAUAGCAGACCAGACAGUGUGCCAUGUUUGAACCUUCAGUACUUAAAGGAAUCGGACAAAGCCCAGGGGAAGCCUCUGGAAAUCUACGAUGUCUCUCUUAACACUCCGGGUACAGUUUCAACCUUUAGCACAAGCAGAAGUCAGUACAGUUCCAGAGUACCUUCAGCUCAAAGGAAGAGUUCAAGACCUGCUGACGUUCCUGCUCUGUCUAUGGUAGGAGAUGGGCACCAAAUUCACUCCCACAGAGCAAAGGCUACACACUCCUACAAAAACAAAACAACCUUCAUCCCUUUUUCCACUACCUCCAAACCACCCUGGCACUAUAUCAGUGAUCAGCAUGCAGGCAUGUUCCAAUUACAGGGACCUGAAUUCUCAAAAUGCCUGAGUUACAGAAAGUCACCUAAAACUUCGCCCAGUGAUGAAUUUGCGUCUAAUAUGAAUCUGAGAAUUCUGUUAAUUAUUGAAAGUGUUUAG